UCAAUGUGAAUUAUUAUAAUAAUAACAUCGCGGGUUGGUUGUGUUCACGGUAAUCGCUGGUCCGAGUUACCGACUGUUUGUGUAAGGUAAAAACAAUAGUAUUUCCAUGGAUAGAUGGAAGAACCGUGUGGCUGUGGUUACGGGUUCGACUUCCGGUAUAGGAAGAGCCGUGACCUUAGUGUUGGCCGAGCAAGGUAUGACCGUUGUUGGAUUGGACUUGAAGGCAAACAAUAUUUGGGAGUUAAAGCCACGGUUAGAAGAAAUCAGAUUGCAUUUCAAGCAGUGUGAUGUGACCGAUGAACCGGCUGUGGUGAAGGCGUUCCGAUGGAUCGAAGAGACUCUGGGAGGAGUGGAUGUGCUGAUUAAUUGUGCGGGUGUCAACAAAAAAAACUCUAUGUUAGAUGGAAAAACAGAAGACUGGCAAGACAUUUGUAAUGUGAACGUAGUAGGUGUUUCGACAUGCACCCGCGAAGCUGUGAAAUCCAUGAAACGGCAUCAGAUAGACGACGGUCAUAUAGUUUACAUAUGUUCGUUAGCCGGUCACUUUGUUGGUGACCAGGCCAGCGACUCGAUGAUGUACAAAGCGACCAAGCAUGGAGUUCGAGUGCUGGCCGAAUGCCUUCGCAAAGAAUUGGUGGCGCAAAAAACAAACAUCCGAGUUACUAAUAUAAGUCCAUCGUUGACAAAUACAGAAAUGUAUAGAAACUCCGAUAAAAAAUUGCCGGACAACGAACCUAUACUUGAACCAGAGGACAUAGCCAAUGUAGUUGUGAAUGUCUUAAAAGCGCCGCCAAAAGUACAGAUAUCUGAAGUCAUCGUACGUCCCGUCAAUUCUCGUUAUUAACAAAUUUUUAAUAAUCAUUCUUUUGGUAUUUACCGCUGAUCAAGUAGCUCAUAUGGUCACAACAGACACGGUGUAAACAAAAAUAGUGUAUACAUUCAAGUUUUAGUCGAAUAAUUUUAUUUUUUAACUUAUCUAAAAUAUAUUUUCUUGAUAUGUCAAUAUUACAUACGUUUAGACGUUUAGUGCUGUCAUUAUCAAGAGAGAGAUACAAAACUUUACUGUGAAAUUAUAUAUAUCAAAUGAUUGGUCUUAAAUAUAAUUAUUAGAUAUAUAUUAUUAUUAAUUAGAUAUUGUGUUUGUAAUUAUAGUAAUACUCAAGACGCUAAGUCUUAAAUAAUAUUUUUUGGGGUUGCUCAU